AUGCUCGUGGAACGACCGUUGAACAACCUCUCCCCCGCAGGUCAGCAGCCUGCGGACGGCUUCAAGCUGACCAACACCCAAGGCUUCGAGUGGACGUUGAGCUUCCUCACUCCUACCAUCCUCAAGAUCGUCGUCGUCGGUCCCAACCACCCUCUUCCACAGCAGAGCAACGUGCAGUGGACACAAAAGCCGCUCGCCGUCUCGUCCAAGAUCGACGCUGCCGCCAAAAAGGCGACCCUCAGCGUCCAGGGCUUGACGCGCACGGUAACGGUCACGUUUGACGAUACCCCGCUCGUCGAUGUGCAUGAGAGCGUGCAGGGCAGCGAUCACAAGGUGCACAUCUUUGGCGACUCGCCUCACAAGUCGUACUGCUACUCAAAUGAAGGCUUCAUGCGCUACACUCGCUUCCAGAAGGAUAACUUGCACGUUGGACUGGGAGAGAAGGCCGCACCGCUCGACUUGACGCACCGAUCCUUCGCCCUCACCGGAAGCGACUCGGCCAGCUACGAUGCAUACCUCACUGACCCGCUCUACAAACACACGCCUUUCCUCAUGUCACUUCCCAAACCUUUCGAUGUCGAAGGCAACCCUCAGCCGCUCAGCUCGGUGGUGGGCAUCUACUCGGCUUCCAACUCGGACGGCAACUGGGAUGUCGGCCGCUUCAUCGACGAGCCCUGGGGCAUCUUCAAGCGCUACGGCCAGGACUACGGCGGUAUUGAGGAGUACGUUAUCAUCGGCGAGCAGGCGCAAGACGUGGUGACGCAGUUCUCGGAUCUCGUCGGUCGGCCUUUGCUGGUCCCACGCGACUGGUUGGGAUACCUGGCCAGUGGCAUGGGUCUGGGCGAGAGCGACGAGCCGAUUGCACAGGAGCUGCUCUCCGGCUUCCCCGGCACGUGCAAGCAGCACGACAUCCCCUGCUCUGCUAUCCACCUGUCUUCGGGCUACACGGUGGACAACGAGGGCAACCGUCUGGUCUUCACCAUGAACACUCGCCGCUACCCGGACUUUGCCGAGAUGGUCAAGACGUUCCACAAAGCCGGUAUCCGCGUCACGCCCAACAUCAAGCCGUACGUCAUGCAGGCUCACCCGCACUACCAGAAGCUGUACGAUGCCGGUGCGCUCUUUACCGAUCCCAACAACGGCAACAAGCCCGUCGUGACUCGGAUCUGGUCGAGCGGAAUUGGAUGUACCGCUCUCGGCUCGUGGGUUGACCUGACCUCCAAGGCCGGUCGUGACUGGUGGCGUCAGGGCGCGUUGGAGCUGUGCAAGCUCGGCGUCGACUCGCUCUGGAACGACAACAACGAGUAUCUGCUCUUUGACUCGGACUACAUCUGCAAGAACGAGCUCACCGGCGAUGCAAAAGUCGAUGGCAACCGUAACAGCAAGCCGACGGCAGUUGGAGCGCUGGGACGCAUGACCAACACCGAGUUGAUGGCGCGAGAGUCGCACGAGGCGCUCGUCACACACCACCCGGAUCGUCGACCGUUCGUGCUGACUCGCUCCGCCAAUGUCGGCACGCAGAAGUGGGCGGCGUCGACGUGGAGCGGUGACAACCGCACUUCGUGGCACAACCUGCGCGGCUCGAUUGCCAUGAACCUCAAUGCGCAGAUGUCGCUGCUGCAGUCGUACGGCAACGACAUUGGCGGCUUCGCUGGGCCUCUGCCCAGCCCGGAGCUGUUUGUCCGAUGGAUCCAGUCUGGUAUUACGCAGCCGCGCUUCUGCAUCCACUCGUUCAAGCCGUGCAAGGAGGAUCCGGCGGGUGUCAAGCUCAACAACCUCCCCUGGAUGUACCCGGAAGUGGUCGACAUUAUCCGAUCCACGAUCAAGCGUCGCUACGAAAUGCUGCCGUACAUCAACAACCUCAACUGGCGCUCGCACUUGGCUGCCGAGCCGAUGAACACGUGGCUGGGAUGGGGCGAGUUUGCGGCGGACCCGCAGGUGUAUACCAAAGAAGUCCUCGAGGGCUUCGACUACUGGAUCGGCCACGGACAGCUGCUCGUGGCCGGAGCGUACCACGAGAACGAGCAGACGCGCCGAGUAUACCUCCCCGCGGCGGGCAAGCAGGACCCCAAAGUGUACUACGACACGCAUGCGCCUUUCACCGUACACAAGGCUGGCCAGUGGCUCGAAAACGUCUCGACGCCUCUGUCGCACUUUGCUGUCUUUGCGCGCGAGGGUACCGUCAUCCCCGUCGGCCUGCCCAAAGUCACCCUGACUCAGGCCGAAGGCAUCGCCACCCUGACCGGAAGCGGAACCAAGAUCCUCACCGAGCAGGAGGGCGGCCAGUGCGUGUACGACGACUGGCGAGGCAUCCAAGUCUUCCCUUCGCCUGCCGACGCUUCGAGCCCUGGCCAGUACACGUACACGUGGAUCGAGGACGACGGCGUCUCUGCUAAGCCCGUUACCGCCGAGAUCAAGGUCGAGAUCUCGUCGAGCAAGGAUGAGGUCUCGGUCAAGGCCACAGCGACCAAGAACGACUUCAAGCCUCUAUGGGGCAACACACUCUGGGUGAUCCUGCCCAGGCCCGACACGAGAAAGGUGCGCGGCGCCACAAAGACCAUGGUCUACAAGGGCCAGACUGCCUACGCCGUCACUGUUUCCGGUCUCUAA